AUGGAUGAAUUGAUGGAAACUACCAAGGACGACCCUUUGGCGAUGUUGCAUCCAUCUGGAAAAUAUGUCAAGUCGAUAAUGCACUUUCAAGCACGUCUACAAAGAAAACAUGAACCCUUUCCUGGUCAAUCUGAGGAUGUUACCGGCUCGCCUUAUACUGAAGAACAAGUGGAGGUGCCAGACCAGUACAAAUGUUUUCUGUGCAAAGGGCUAUUGAGAGAUGCUGUUUUAGCCGCCUGUUGUGGGCAUAGCUUCUGUGCUGAAUGUUACCAACAACAGCUUCUGGCCAAUCCAUUGGAACAAUGCCCCGGUCCUGACUGCUCACAACAAAUCAGUGCGGAUUCUCUCAUUCCAAAUAAGAGUUUACGUGCAGCGAUUCAGAAAUAUUUGAACGAGCUCCAAACUGGUGGCGAAACAACAGAUCAACAAACAGGAGGAGUCAAUAAGCCAAGUGUGUUGACUGAUACGCAGUCACUUUUGCAUAAACUGAUGCCGGACUUGGCUCUAGCUCAAGCACAAAGAGAAUUGGCUACUACUACUGGACCGUCAGUAGCAGCAACAAACAUUCCAGCUUCAAUUGUACAACCGCCGCCUUCAAAGCCACCACCAAUUUUUAUUGGUUUGAAGAAUGCGUCUGAUCCUCUAACUUCAUCAACUGUCAAUGUAACAACACAGGAUACCAGUUCUUAUGUUACUGCUCCUGCCCUUUCUUCUCAACCUGCUUCAAUCAAUAACAUUCCAGCCGCGUCAACUGCUUCAUCGUUGCAAGGAGCUCCUCUUUUUCUACCACAAAUUCCAAUUUUUGAUCCAAAAAGGCCUCCUCCUCCUAUCAAUAUUCCAAUUUCUGCAGCUCAAAAUGUUCCAAUUACUCCUCCAAUUAUUUCUUCAUCUACACAUAUAACAGCUGAAAAUGGAUCCGUUAGUCAUGUUAGCACUUCAAUUAAUACAGCUCAACAAAAAGGUUUGGUUAGUGCGUCGCCUCUUUCUGCGCAGGAGUUAAGCUCAGUCUGGGAAAAUUUCUUGAAACGCAAAGACAAGGAUUCGGCAGCGAAAAGUAUUGUUGCCGCAGCAGCGUCUUCAGGGCAAAGUGGUGGUGGAUAUCCUUCUCUUCCCCCAAUGUCAAGCGCUUCUUCUGAUGCAGUUAUUCAGUCACAACAAAGAACGAGUGAAGGUUUAAAUACGGAAUUGCGACCGCCUGGUUCAGUUACUCCUGUUAGUACUACUGGAUUAGUUCCUCCCGGAAUUGGACAAGACCAUUCAAGCAUUAUUGGGUCUUCUAUCUCUUCAAAUUUGUUGGCAAAUAUUGGUGGUGUAAGGCCGUUGAAUCCUCCACUUGCAUCAAACAUUCCAUAUCAGUCAACAACUAUUCGACCUAUGGGUCCUCAUGUACCUGACAGUGAAAUAACUCAAGUUUGGCUUUCUUUCUUGCGAAUGAAGGACAGUCAACAACAAAAUCGUCAAUACAAGAAGCGGUACUCAAUUUCUCCAGAGAGAAGAACCCCAUCUCCUCAAGACCAGUUUUCUCGAAGAUCUCGAGCAGUUGGUGGUAACUAUCGUCGAAGGUUUUGA